AUGUCCACGACGCACCACGCCUCCCCGGCGCCUAACCAGAGCCACCUCUCCACAGUCAGCUAUGGCACAACUGAUUCCUCCGGGAUGGAGAGGCAGAUUCGCACGCUGCUGUUCGGUUUGUGCGUAACCAUCGCCGCCGUUACUUUUAUAGGGGGGUUGUAUUCCCUGCUGUCUCUUCUUCGGAUGAGAAGAAAAACCUCUCUUUGCGUAAUUGUCGCUUCCAUGUCUGUGGACGACCUACUCAGUGUGGUCCCCCUCUCCUUGUUCAUGCUCCUUCAGUGGGAGAUAGGAGGAGGUGAGGUGUCGGGCAGCCUGUGCACUUUAUCCGGACUUCUCUACGUGUUCCAGGGGGUCUCCAGUAACAUGAAGGCUUGCCUCAUCGCGGCGUACACUUUUUAUGUCACCAAGAGGUUCGGAGUGCUCCAGUCCGUCCGCCGGCCCCUCACGGUGAUGUGGGCUGUUGCCGGCGUGUGGGCGGUCAGCCUGACGGUCAGCGUGCUGCCCGUGUGCGGAUGGGGCAGCUUUACGCCCUUCUCUCUCGGGUGCUUCCCAGAGAGCGACAAUUUCUACAUCGUGCUGCUCAUCUCUUUGUAUCUCCUGUGUUUUUGUGGCUUGCUGUGCUUCUUUACGCCCCUCACGUACCAAUUGCUGUGCUCCAGAGAGCCCCAGAGGACUUUACUGUACCCGAGCUUCUUGGAUGUUUCCAGGGGACUGAGUGGCUCCGCUGCUCUGUGCGAUCUCCAGUCCCUGUCCCGGAACAGCCCGGAUCAAAGUUUCGGGGCGUACAACGAGCUGAGCCCUAGUUCGUGCGGGACAGAGGCCAGGGAAAAAGAGAACAACGUGCUGUCCUCAGUGUCUGGCGGAGGGCACAGGGCUAAGGCUGUCGGAGAUACUCCAGUGGUGUUUGCGCAAAAGCGCUUCUCCAUGAUUCUAGCAGUUGUCAGGGUUAUAUUGUGGAUGCCAAUGAUGACUUUGGUACUCAUACGGCACGCAGCAAACACACGUAGCUCCUCUCUGGAGACUCUGAGCUUCUUUCUCACUCUGCUUGCACCUGCGGUCACUCCACUGUUCGUGCUAUCUGAGCGCUGGAUCCACAUGCCAUGUGGAUGCUUCAUAAACUGCAAACAGGAUCCAACACAGAAACCCUCAGUGAUCAAAAGAAGAUUUGAGUUUAACCUGUCCUUCCAGCAAGGCUAUGGGGUGUACAAGUUGUCACAUGCCACCAAGUCUCAGAGUAGUCCUCCUAUAGAGAAGCUCACUUAUCGCAGUCUGUUUAACUGCAACUUCGCAAAUCCUCAUCUUGAUGCCCUGGAAUGUGGCGGGCUCUCCAGGCUUGGUCCUAAUUUUGACUUCAGCACCUCCCGCCCAGCGGACAGCUCCUCUCACGCAGGCCUCCUCCUGGACGUGGCGGCUUGUGGAGGAGAGGCCCUGACGGAUGUUCCUCCACCUCCCCACGACAACCACCAGGAAGAUGAGGAAUUCACUUGCGUCCUUUCCAAACCCUCUCAUCACCAGGAGAAGGAUCACAGCCUCAUUGACACAUCAUUAAUGUUUGACGGACCGGAAAGAAGGCUGUCUCACGAGGAAUGUCGGAAAAUUGAGCUGACGGACUGGGAGUGGUGCAGGAGUAAAUCAGAGAGAACACCCCGACAGCGAUCAUCAGGUGGCCUGUCGAUCCCUCUGUGCGCCUUCCAGGGCACUGUAUCUCUGCAAGCACCCACAGGAAAGACACUCUCGCUUUCCACCUACGAAGUCAGCAGUGACGGUCUCAAAAUUUCCCCCAACAAUGCUAAAAAGGUGGAAGUGUACCGCUCCAAAUCUGUUGGCCAUGAACCAAGCGCGGAUGACGCAGCGUCCGGGGGCCAGGCUGCAGAUGUGAAUGUCAGCUGCGUCGGAAUGGGCAUGGAGAUCGGUGUGGGGAUGGGGAUGGGGAUGGGGGCUGGAGUGGGAGACACCAACGUCAAGAUCCACCUCGAGGUUCUGGAAAUCUGCGAUAACGAGGAAGCCAUGGACAGUGUCUCCAUCAUCUCGAACAUCAGCCAGUCCUCCACCCAUGCUCGCUCGCCAUCGCUGCGUUACUCCCGGAGGGAAAACCGCUUUGUCUCCUGCGACCUGGGUGAGACUGCGUCCUACUCUCUGCUCAUCCCCACCGGUGGCAGCACAGAGGCAGAGACCAUCAAUAUCACUAUACCUGACACUGUGGAAGCCCACCGGCAGAACAGCCGGCGGCAGACACAGGAGAGCUGUGGGUAUCAUGAGGAUAUACAGCUGCUUAAUGAGGCCUACAGGAAGCAGGCAGGGGAGGAGGAGGACUGA